GGAGAGGGCGCGCGCACACACACAAAUACACACACUCACAAACACACUUGACACACAGUCGGAGCAGAGCAGAGCGGAGGAGCAGAGAGGAGCUCUGUCCAGAUCGGUGCCUGACGCACGGACGACGUUUGUUUUUGCGCGACUUGUCCGCUGGUUUUUCAAAGUUUUCCUACUAACUGAGAAAAGUUUUGACCAUCUCUGGUGUCAGUUUGUUUUCUUAUCAAGUUUGGUUCCGUCCCUUCACUCUUCUUUGGAGUAUUAUCGGGAUUUAGGAGUUGGAUACGGUCACGACGCGCAGGUAGAGUAGAAACAGACUUCUAAUCCUCAGUGAAGUUUUGUCCACGAUAGAAAGGGAACCGUUUAAAGCACAUUUUCUCAUUCUUCCCCUUUCCUGUCCUUGCAGAAACCUCACAGUGAAAGUUCUCCCUGGAUAGUUUCUUCUCCACAGGAGCGCAGAGCAGCAGCAGCAGCAGCCCGACGCGCUUCAGAGAGGGAGACUGGUCGGUGCGUCUUUGGCUGUUUUUAUUGAAUUACCCGUCCCAGAAAUGGUGGGGCACCUACACUUACAAGCGAUGGAUGAUAGUCUGAAAGGAAAGAACCGGGAAGGGCUGCUCGACAGUCCGGAUUCGGGUCUGCCCCCUAGUCCCAGUCCGCCCUUCUGCUCCCUGUCUCCGGGUCUGAUCGAGUCGCGCUCCGGCAGCUGCACGACGCCCGUGGAAAGUCACCAUGGAUUUUAUAAAAAGGAGAGCAGAGAAGGCAAACUGGUAAGAAACACAACAAGGGAGGAUUAAUCCUUUGAUUUGAGGCGAUUCUGUGACCUGAAAGAGGGGGUUCGGUUCUGGUUCUGAGUCGACUUCAGUCAUUUCUUUGACAACCUGAAUUAAAGGAUAAAAAGACUCGAAUAAUGAGGCUGCUGUGAGAGAAAACCCAAAUCUGAGAGCAGUUUAGAGCUUGGCAAGGAACAGAUUUUACUUCAAUCCUACUCAUACAACAUCUGGAAGCUCUCUCUCUCUCUCUCUCUCUCUCUCUCUCUCUCUCUCUCUCUCUCUCUUUGCUCUGAAUUCCUCAGCUGCAAACUUCAGAUGUUGCACUUGUGCUAAAGAUGCCACAGUCCCUUAAUAAUCCUGAAAAAAUCUCUCCGUACAUCAGCUGAGCACAAACCUCACGCUGUCAGAGGGGUCAGCGGGUUGAUUGGACCCAGUUGGGUUUCCAAGCUGGGGUCCGGGGGACUCUCAGGGGUCCUCACCAAGAUCCCAGGGGCUCCCUGAGGGCGUACAACUGGGACUAAUCAACCCGAGUUUUUGACAGAGGCUGGUUCUGGUAGGAUGUCUCUAAGUAAAGGUACACGCAGCGUGAGCAGGACUGUGUUUUGGUCAUGGUCUGUGGUGGAUUAACACAGAGACCCUGAUGAGAAAGUCCAGAUCGGACUUCUUUUUUUAAAGUCUGUCGUGAUGAGAAGGCCGAAGAGUCUCAGGGCAGUUAUACUCAGCAGCCAGUUCCACUCUCAGCUCCAUAAAAGCUCCAAAUAAGUCAUUAGAGUCAGGUCUCUGAGCUGCUGAUGACUCACUCAGCCUCUGUAGAAAACACUGGAAAACAGAUAAGUGUUUAUACGGUCAGCACUUCCCUGUUUGGGCUCUUUAAAGAGAAGCUUUGUAAACAUGAAAACCUUCUUUUUGGUCAUCUGUUUGAUUCUUAUUCUCUUCUCUUUUUAUUUAUCUUUAACACACAUCAGUUAUCAUCUUAUUGAAGGUGUCUGCAGUAUUAGCAUCCUGUCGUUGUGACCCUGACCUCAUUUCAGGUGUUACACGGCCCUGCCGUGUCUCACUGAGGUAUUGAUCUCUUGAUGUUUACUGGAAGUUUGAACUCAAUCUUGACGGCAAAGUCACCAGGUUGAAGAUGCUUGAAUGAGUUGUAGAAAAACAGAAGUGUGUCUGUAUGAAGGAUUGAGACAAAACCUUCAUCAGCACCAAGAAAACUGGAUCUGAUUUCUAUCACUAUAUUUGAAAUGAGGAGUAGAAACGGGUCUCAGAGUAGUCAUAGAAGAAACUCAUUUGUGGUGGAUAUUUCAAUCAAAAGUCUUAUUUGCCUCUUCUGCAGGAUGUCUGUUUAGUCACUAUUAACUCACUUACUACAGAAAAUACUUAAACUCGCCUAAAAGUAUAAAAACUACGGUUAGAAAGUCUGUAACUUCUCCUCUAACUCAAGGUAAAGUCUUCCUUCCAGUGUGUCACAUGACCAAAUUACUCCAAUCAGGAACAACACAAAUUUACCAGUUGACUCUACGGCUCUAACAUCGCUCUUCUUUCAUAUAAAACAUCAGGAGGAUGAUGCCGUCUGAAAAGUCGAGUUUAUUCAUCCUUAAAAACAUCCCAUGCCGACCAAAGUGCUGAGAGACUAAAUGAAAUAAAACUCCAUAAAAGACCAAAAGUCCUCACGCACUCACAACAAUCCAAAAGCAGAAAUACAGCCAAUCAAAGACCUGCUAAAAGUGAUUAAAUAAUCAAUAAGAGGAGAAAGAGUCGAUUUGAUCUAAAGGCAGAAAAGAAAAGUCUUAAAGUUGUGAACAGAUCUGAUCCAGAGACGUAAACAGUUCCUGAAACUGUUCGUCCACAACAACGGUCCAGUCCGCUCUGUUUUUAGGUCUAAAUCUGAGGAUUUCUCUGAGCUGAUGGUUGUUCGACUUCAACAUUUAAAACCUCAAAUCAAUCGAUAACAUUUCAAAUCAAUCCUCGGGUGAACAAGAAGACAGUGCUUUAAAGAUGGACUGCUGCUUUUUUAAAGCUUCAGUGAGGAACUCUUGGCUUGUGUUGGUUUUGGCGCCCUCUGUGGACGAGGCAGUCAUUGCUCAGCUUGUCCUCUACGUGCUUUUCUGACAACAAAAUUCUAAUUUUAAUGAUUUUUCCUCGUCAAAAGUAUUAUUUUAAUUAAAGUCUAUUUCAUAAAUGUCAACAAACUCUCUGCUGUCUGUCUGACUGACUGACUGACUGCUGAACCAGUAAGGUAGUUUUUUAUUCACACUAAGACAGACCUGAUAUUGUCAUAACAGAAUAUCCUCCAUGGAAACUGAUGGGAAAUGACGCCGUGCCCCACUUUCUCGCUUCCUUGUGUGGCACACGACGAGGCUGAUUUCACUGAAAAUAAUUUCCAGGUCACUCCCAGUUUCAAAGUCUUCAGAACAAGUCUGCGCAGGUCGGGGUGGCUUUUACAGAGUCUGAAGGAGGCCUCAGAAAUGCAGCGCUGCAUCCUGGGAGUUGCGUGACAUUUGGUGUGGUGGAGGCCGAGACAGACAGAGAAAGAGAGAAGUCCUCUAAUCCUCUGGAGGUUCAGAUUAGUGGGACUGCCCUGUUUGUGGUUUCCCUUUUUAAAGAUCAGAUCUGAUGGAGGUUUUUGUUUCUAAUCCUGUCUGCGCUUUCAGGACCAAUCAAACUUUCCAUCAGAUUCAGUCUUUCAGAGUUCCCUCGGCUUGUUUGGGUUUACAUGUGCGUGAUUUUUCUCUCUUUGUGAGUCUAUUUCGGUGUUGUUGUUUUUGUACGCCACCUAAGAACAAUCCUGCGGGUCUAUUUCAGGGUGUUGGGGGCUUGUUAGUGCGGCUGCAGGACAUUGCAUAAGUCUUUGAUGACCUCUCACUUCUAAAUUAAACGCUCUGUUUUAAAACAUGGCUCAGAUUCAUGCAGAUGGAGGAUAAAUGAUCUAAAACACGUCUUAUCAUGUUAUUAAAUAACCUGAGGGGUUGGUUAAUAUGAGCGUGGUCGUGUAAUCUAAGGUUUUUAGAGCUGCAUGAGGUCGUGACCACGUCCUUGCAACGAUCGAGUGUCGAUGGAUUAGACGAGAAGAAGAUCUCAUGACUUUUUCUAAAUCUGCCUCACUGAGAUAUCGAUGCUGCAACACUAACGUCCUCACACACCGAGGAUGUAAACUCAGAUCUUCUCUUCAGCAGAAGUUGGAUGCGGCGUGUUUGUCUUGGCGUUUGUCUCCGCAGCUCUGCUCGCUGUAUUGUACUUUGUGAGGGUUUCUCAGCUGCAGAGUGUUUUUCCUGGGCAGAAACGGGGCUUUUCAGGGGGUAAAGCUUUGUGAGCAACCCGGGGGGAUCCACCGCCUGGAGGUGACCUGCCUGCAAUUCAUAAGUGUUUGCUUUGCAGAAGUUGCCAGAAUACACGGUGCAGAAAUACCUGGGAUGCUCUCCACGGUGGAGCAGCAUGAGGAGGACAGACAACAACAUACUCGCAGUUUUUUUAGGUCAUAAAAAGCAGCAGCAGAAGAAGAAAGCAGCCAGUAGAUGAGCUGCUUUUAGUCCUGUGUGCUGAAAGUAGCAGCUGUGAAAGUUCAGCCCCAACAGAGCUGCAGAUAGUGUGUGUCGACGAUCGGCCUGUAGGUAAGACGAGCCGCCGUGCCCUUGGCCUGUUCUCGCUCGUCCCCUGUAGUGGCAUGUGCGCUCGACUGAGGCCAAACCGAAGCAUGUGACAGGCCCCUGUGUGAAAUGUGAGAGGGUCUGGAGCUGCGGACGGGGCGCUGCUGGAUUCAGAGGUGGUCGGCGUGUGAGGAGACACUCACGCAGAAACCUCAGUUCACAGCAUCUGUGUUUGUGAUCGGUGACGCUUUGACGCUCCACGGUGGGCGCUCGAAGGUCAGGUGGUCCGGCACCAAAACAAACCUGGAUCAUGUGGACGGUUGAGUAUAGAAGUGAACUGUAACCUUCAGUUUCAUGCAUCGCUGUAUGAAGAGGUAACGGUCUCUGACAUCAGAGUGUAAACACGGUGUGAAGGGCUGGACGUGUCGAAGCACUUUGAGAUUAUAUCAGAUUAUAAUGAAGGUGUUUUAGUGCCGACUAUUUACUCUGGACAUGUACGAAAACUGCUACAAUCUCAGAGUUAAACUAAACUCAGUUUUCAACCAUAAACAUCCAGGAAACAGGCAAGAAAAAUGUCAAUAAACAAACAAACUCUUCUCUGAGUUAAAGGCACAGUCAGGAGUUUUCACUGAUUUAAAAUCAUGAUCCAGUAAAAUAAGAUCCCAUUCAUUUACUUCCCCAACAAACACAUCCUUUGUCAAGCACUCAUCUUUACAACAGCUGGUCAUCCUGCUCAAACAGAUCAACAGGAAACAUCCAAAUUCUUUGCCGUACCUUUAAGAGCCCGAGUUUAAUCUUUGAGUUGUCAUACCCACAGAAGAUGAGCGAGAUAACCCCACAAUAAAAAACAUGAACUUCCUCAAAUCAAACUACGUCCUUUGUGUCUCUGCAGCAGCAGAAUGAGAGGUGAGGUCCUCUACUGUCAGCGUUUUCUAUAAAGUUAAAAGGUUGAGAAAGUUAAACAGUCUGACUGAGCCUGCAGGCAGCUGAAUAAAGAGGUCUCCAGUAGACCGACCGACCGACCGGCUAAUGAUUAAAUGAGAAAAUAAUCGUCAGAUGGAUUGAGUGUUAAAAGAAUGAUUAACUCCAGCCCUGCGAGCAAUCACUGGGACAUUAAGUUCCACUCUAACGUCAGGGGAGGUAUUAGGAGGAAAUCUCUCUAUUUGUUUUGGUUCUAGAAAUAUUUUACUCAUUAGAAGUCAUUCGACAAUCUCUCUGUGUGUCUGGAUACAAAAGGAGCUGAGGGAGUCAGCGCACAAAGUCAGAUAAGAUUAGGAAAGAGUGUCCAUGUCGGAUCAUCUGAACUUCUGCAGACUGAAACUAAGAAGAAUAAGUAACAAAAGUGUGGACAGACUCUGGGAUUUGACUUACAUGUUAUUUUUCAGGUGAUAUUUGAGGAGAAUGUGCUAAAAACAAGACACACUGAGAACCUCUUGUAGCACUUAUCACAAGAUUUCCUCUCAUCAAAGUCCUCUGCAUUACUCUCGUCAUACUCAAAUAGUCCUCAGAGGAACCGUAGGUUUAAGAGGUCAAAGAGGUCCAAAAGGGACAGUGUCUUACAUGUGUGCAGGGGCGAGUCUAGACAUUUCUGAACAGGGUGGCCCACCUCUCAGAGAGAGACAAAAUCAGCAAGCUUAAGAGAGUCAAACUUAAACAGUGAGUCCAGUCUUUGCUCACCUGGCUCACCACCUUAUAUACAGAAAUAACUACCAAUGCAGAAGGAAAUGAAACUCAAUUUCCAUAACUCAGUCUGUUUUCAAAGACACAACAACCUCAAUAGUCAGAGGACGAACACCAGAUCUGAACUUAAGUUACAUUUCAGCGUAAAAAAGGCUCCUACUGAAGCGCGGCCUAAACACUUCAGUUUAAAGCAAAAAUCAGGAUCUCAAAGAUCCACCCCUGCCUGCGUGAGUUAUGUGUUUGACAAAUAUAUCACCCUGCUGUCUUGAGCUUCUUCAGACUGUCUGUUAAAAAAGAAUAUCUUGUUAUGAAUCACUCUUUCUGACACCUGCUCUGAGGCAUCAUUACAGACUUUUAAACACUUACUGUAGAAAUAAUCCAUCUUUUCUCUUCAAUUAUCAUAUUUGCUCUUGUAGGCCAUAAAAACAUAUCAGUAUAUAUUUCAUAACCACUUAAAACUCCCCACAGGAGCUUUAAAUUCCCCCUUUACCAUCUUUUCACUCCAAGUUUUACUUUUUAUCUUCUGGAUACAGCUGCUCUACAGACUCAUAUUUUUUUUGUGUGUUUCACAUUCAUGCAACUACUGUAGACUCGACAUCUGUGAGAGUUCACACACACACACACACACACACACACGGUCAGGGUCAGGAGCCAACCUGAGCUGCAGUCAAACCCUGUGAAUGAGAGACUGACCGACAACACUGUGUUUAACUGGACCCACAUAGUCUCAUGAUCUGGCAUGGUUUGUGAGUGUUUCCUCCACUGCUGUGUUUUCUGUCUAAUUGUUGUUGUAGUAAUAACCGUAUGAGUUCUCAUCAGGGGUCGAUUAAGGAGGUUGUUUUCCCUGAAGCGGCUGGAAGUGAUGUUUUUAAUUUGUGUAACUUGCUCUGCCGAAACACACAAACGCGCCGGUAGUUUUUUUUUUCUUUCCUGGAAUUCCUUGAAUGGACACGUUGGCAGGCUGAUUACAAACAGUUCAGCAGUUCAUGGAGGGUUUUAUGAGACUGUGACUCUGUUUCCUUCUGCACAGCUGCCGUAUCUGCUGCUGAACUCCACUGGGCCAGACCCAAAGACUCGCAUGCACCCGGUGUUCUUCGGAGAAAGCAUUGAGGUCAACCCAAAACCAGAGCAGGAGAUCAAGUAAGAGAACUUUGACCCAGAAAAUACUUCAAAUAGGCUUCUUUUCAGCACUAUUCGCUUAUCAACACUGCCCCCUGGUGGUCAACAUUUGCAGAGUUUUUAAAAAGCUUUCACCUUCUUCCUUUCAGGUGUAACUCAGAGGUCAAGUACGACUCAGACAAGCAUUACCGGGACCAGGUCUACUGCGCCCCCAUCCCCACAGCGACCGCUUUCAGCGAGACAGUGGUGGCAGUGCGAGACUGCACCUGGAGGAGCUACAAGUCCCAGGUGUACCUGGAGCCGCGACAGAAGCCCAUCAGCUACAGGAGCACCACCAUCAUCUACCCGAAACAUGCCAAAAACACUUACCGCACCACGCUCAACUACAACGCCACCGGGUCCCGCCGCUGGUUUGUCUCCACGGUGCAGCUGGAGUCCAGCGAGGAUACGAGUCCCUGUAUCAUCUACUCCGAGGACCUGUAGGGCCCAGACUAGAGAGAGGACGUCCUGGUCUUCAUCUUGUUUUGUUUUUGGAACUUUGAAGGCCCAAACUGAAAGGGAAAUACUUCGAGUAAAACGUUGAGAUCCUGUUCAUUGAGGAGGAAACUGCAGGAACCUUCAUGAGUGUAUUUAGACUUUCUACUGAUGCAGUUUGUAAAAAUGGAGGUGCUCCUCCGGCUGUUUCAAUGGUUAAUGUCUUAUUUAAUACCAGAGCUGACAAAUUGGUGGCCUUUGCCCUCCCUCAGGUUGGAGUGUGAGGUGAGAAAAGACGAGGUGGUAUGUGUGAUGGAUUUAAGACGAGUCAUACCGAUGCAAAGCUUUCUAAUGUGGCUUUAUUGCACUUGUUCUAGUCCUUCCAGUGGACUCGGUGUAGCAGGGGGUAAUUUCAGUGCUGCAUGUGAAAAAUUUGGACCAAAAAUACUUUAAAACAAUCAUGUUUUUGGAACAACGCUUCACGCUGGGACAAAAGACUUUGAUCAAACAUUUAAAAGGAGCACAUUUCAAUUAGUCUUUUAAAAUUAAAAAUGGUGAUUGAUUAAAAAAGACAAAGAAAGGGGGGAGACAUUUGGAGCUUUUACAAACAUGGUCAAGUGUGUAAAGUUUAGGGAGUUACUGGCAAUAUAAACUGUAAGUUUUCAUUUUAUAAUCAUAUGAAAAUAGUUUCCUGCUAUGCAGAACAGACAUGUCUCUAUAGUGGCUUUAAAUGGGUGAAACAAAUACAGCUUUGGAGUUAGAAAUGUGAUUUUUAUGCAUUUUCUCAAGGUAACCAAAUCAAAAUGUCUUUGCCCAACACCCAGACUCUAAACAUUUCUCUUUAAUACAAAAUAGGAAACUGUUACAAUAUGGAUACAGUCAGAGAUAGAGGGGCUCUGGUUUAAGGUUGUUUUGGAGCUGAAAGGAAGCAGAGAAAUAAAUAAAUGAAUGAAUUUGGAUAAAGAUACUCACAUUUCUGAGUGAUGGACGGGUCUGAUCCAUCUUCUUCAUUAGGGCUGUGAUGGUGUAGGACCACAUCAUCUGUAGUAAAAAGAUAAUACUGUUGUCAGAGACUUUAAGGAUGGUAAAAACUGUUAGCUUGGUUUGCUUUUAGUCCAUUUUUGACCUGCUUUGGUUCCAGGUGGUGGAAACUCUGACAAUCACAGAGCUAAUGUAGAAACAUAUCUGUGUCAUAACUGUUAAUGCAACCUCUACAAACUUAUCAACAUUGACUUUAUCAAACAGAAAAAGAGGGGAACUAUUUUCAACCAUAUUUGACUGUAGGGUUUGGCGCUAAGAUAACCGGAUAUCCGUCUGUCUCAACUGCCUUUCAAAUUAAAGCUAAUGCCGGUCUUCAUUAAGUUGCACUAGCUAUUUGUGAAAUUAUCUCAAAAGAUUGUGAGUGUAAUAACAGCGAGAAAACUUUAAAUUGAUUUAGUUAGGUUAAUGGACGGAGUGUUAGAAAUAAAGCUUUAUGAACGUGCUAGAAACAAGUAUAAAGUAGUAUCAUCCGACAGAAAACAGACGAAGAAGAAACAGCAUACAUUUAGCUAACUAGCUUUAGCAGUCCCCUCAAAGAUGACGAGGCACUUUUAAAAGCGUUUCUUAACUAAGAAACAAAAACAUCGUUAGAUAUUCAGGUUACUUAUUCACGAAACAUUAGAACUUUACAAUCUUUCAACGUUACGAUCCACCGGAAGCAGUAGAAGUAUUUCAAAAUAAAAGCACGGUUUGACGAUGCCGCAAAAACGAACCUGAAAAUAAAACGGAAAAGUUCCAAAAUAAAAGCAUGAGAAAACAUCGUUUCCUUUCCGUUACAAGUAAAUAGAUAACUACAUGUGAGGAAAAUGUCUUAAGUAGUUAAGUUUAUGGUGAUAAUGCGUUUCCUCACCCUUUCCCUCAGUUUGACCGAUCAUGUCUUUUAAUUUUUAAAAUUAUAAAAAAAUGGAGAAAUAAUGUCAUCGCUAUAGUAUAUUGAUAACUUUGAAAUGAAAAUCAGAUAUUGUGACAGUUCAAUUAUUAAUUUAGGAUCAAAACAACAAAUUUUAAGCUAAUGGGUUGGCUAAGUAACUAAUAUAAACUGAAGUAAUUUACGAUAUGUUGUAAAGAGAGUUAAUCUGAAAUCUUCGGAUUUAAAUUAAUGUUUGAAUUUUAUAUAAUAUCUCCUUUAGGUCGAUCUAAACCAUAGACUGUAUAUACUUGCAUACAGGAUAUACAGGAUAUGAUCUAAACCUGUCUUAUUUGUCAGUAAGUUAGCAUUAGCUUAGCUACUUUGGUUGUCUGUGCUAGCUAACACUCAGCAGAUUUUGGCUGUACUUAUAUUUGAUUGUAAUAACUCUUAUUUUAAUGAGAAAUAGUUUGUGCAACGCUACAAAUGAUGCUUCAAUUAUAUGUAAACUCAACCGAGCAGAGUUUGGGCUCCGCUUAAAUAACAAAUAGCUGGUGCAACAAAGUCUUCUGUGUUUUCAGGUACCCACAGGUUAGCAUGUCUGGCAGUUUGUGAUUCAAUAAAGAACUGAGGUGUAAAAAGAGGAGCAGAGGAAGAUGUAAAAUAGACUUUUAUUCAGCAUUUUCAUGCCUUUUUUUUGUUUGUUUGUCUUUAAUGUAAACGCUGGACACUUCAUUAGGAACUCCUUUACGAUUCAGCUGUAAUGACAGUGACAACAAAACCUGAAACAGGCCGUUAUAAUCUCUGUAGAAGCUGUAGUAUUGGAUCAUAUCAAAUUAUAUCUGAGGCCCUAAUGAAGUAACCAGUGAGAUAUGUAAGAAUUCAGAUUAUUGAACUCGGCAAAUAUUGAGACUUUGGACUUUACCUCAAAAUUGUCUUAGAUAUGAGUUUUAUUUCAUUUUUAAUGUGUUUCCCCAGCUUUCAGUUGAGGUCCUGAGCUUGCGUUCUUGUUUUUUUUUUUAUAUAUAUAUAUAUAUAUUAUAAAAACCCUCCUGGUGUGUAAAGGCAAAGAGAGGUGAAGGGCUCAAAGUGAGGGGGUUUUCAUGAGGGAACAGUAAGUAGUGACAAGGAGAGAAGUCUUGUGAUGGGUGAGAUCAUGAGGAUGGUUUUAAGACUAAAUUGGGGGUGUCGUGUUGAGAUAACUGAGAGUUUUGUUACGUGUUGAUGGUCUGUGAGAUGUCAGAAAGUGAUGAGAGAAAGUUGUUGGGUGUUAAAUAUUUCGUAGGUUUAAUGUGAGAUAUUUUUGCGUUUCUGAACACUUGAUUUUGUAACUGUAAAAUAUUUUCCUGUUGUAUAUGUGGCAUCGAGGCACUUCAUAAUUCUCUUUAUAUUUUUGUACGUCAAUCAUUGCUCCUGUUCUGAUCAAGGGAAAUAAUUUAAAAAGAUGUAUAUCCUCCUUGAAUAAAAAAGGAAAUUCCCAAACCCACAUUCUUUUGUCUUGACUACAUUUGUUGCCUAAUUCUGAUCAGAGAACUCUGGAUGUUCACGCUGAGUGCACGUUUAUUUAUCAUGGCUCUGAAAUAAGGGGAAAAGGAAGUUCUCCAGACACAAAGAGGCCCCGUUAUUUUGCUCCGUUCUUGUUAUUUUAUCCGAAGCCAAGUUAGGAUUUAUGAAAACACAGCGCUGGAGACUUUCUCAGUGGUCUGGAAAAACUAGAGCAACACAAUCAAAACACCUGAUCAGUUUACAGUUUACAUGAGAGUCAAGAAAAACGAUGAUCCAACCUCAAUAUCCACUGUGCGCUAAAACCUCACAUCAGAGCGCACUGGGGACGAGUCUGUGAGGACUUCAAAUGGAAGGAUAAAGUGAAAAACACUUUUGUAUCGAGUUUUACUGAGAUCUUCUUCUUUCAAAUAUGUUAUUACAUUUUAUGACGGGCUGAAGGAAAACUCGAUAUGUAAAGUUUGGCUCAAAUUAUGGGAAAGUUCUGCAGGGAAGUCUACGGGAAUCGUGCGUGGAGAAAAGGGUCUGGGCUCUUGUUUGGCUCCACAGAGUCUCGUCAGGAGGAGGUCACAACACACAUAGUUUGGCCUUUUACACAGAGGGAACCAUUUCAAAAUACAUUCAAUAUGAAUCUGUUGAAACAGGCCUUUACUGCCCCCUGGUGGAGUUCAGCCUUCAUUUCUUUGUAGCUGCAGGAUAAAAUAACUCACACACGGUAAAUAACAGCACUCUGAGACCAUGAAUGGCAAUAAGCUUUUUAUUUAAACAUUAAGGCAGUGUCUUUUUUGUUUUCAUUUUUACACUGCUAUCCACAAAGCUUGCUGGUGGGCAUGUAGAAUUUGACCAUGUGAAUAUUUCUUUUUCUUUUUUUUUUUAUCGUAUUACCAACCUUGAAGCAAGCCACAUAAAUAUUUACAUCUCUUCAGUUUUAUAUACAAUCCUUGCUAUUAUACAGUGGGUUAUAAUAAAAAAAAUCAUUAUGCACAAAAUGGUUGAACAAUGAAUGUACUGUUUAUGUCACCCCACCCCACCCCGAACCCCACCCAUGUUUGGACAGUCCAGGGAACACGUCAGAAAUUAACUCUCAUGCCGUUUAUGACCGUUUUUGAUUUGUGACAUGACCGCAGUCAAAAUAAACUGUGUGCACAAAAAAGAAAAGGAUGCAUGUUAAAAUUCAUCUCAGUAUACUUUUAAAAACAUCGUACAAGUCUGUCAACUGUUUAGGGAGCAGCUGGAUAUGGCUUAGUCUGUUGAACCAUCACAUUCUUUCAUUUCAUCAGCGGACAAAUGAUAAACACGCAGAGAGACCGGCGGCGGCGGCGGCGGACUAACUUCUGCUUUGCACGAUGAAAAAAAUGAACCGUCCUUACAGGAGAAACAACCCGACCAUAAAACUGUUUUGUGCAGGUGUGGCGUGCUUUAUGAUCGACCGACAACAGAUAUGACGACAGAGGAAGAGGAGGUAGUCCUAUAACAGUCAUGUUUGUGUUGUGACAGAAUGAUAAACGGAUGACAGAGGUUAGUCUUUCUUUAAACACCCGACGUCUUCGCCGCCUUCGCUUCAGCGUUCAGGCGGCAGAAAAUCAAACUGCUUUGCGACAUCGAUAAGGAGGGGGUGUUCAAAAAGGAACGUGUGCACUCACAGUAUGAUGGAGAAAACGACGAACAGGAUGAAUGUUUUUCUUCAACCUUAUCUGAGAAACAGAAACGGUGUGAUGGAGUAAAGGACUCACAGUGGAGGAAACGUCUGAUGCAGGCCUAGUUCAGCGAUUCUUUUAGUUUUUUUUAGGGUAAAUCAAGAAUGAAACAGUUAAAAGCUACGACUGUGAUGAACGUGGAGACAAAAUAUUUUUAAAAUAGGACGUUUUGUUUGCUCGUUUGUUUCAGAUUUCCCUGCGUGGACAGUUUUCACCGUCAGGGGGGCUUAAAGAAAAGAAAUUGUGCGUCACUCGAUAAAUUCAGCUCUGUAAAGGUAAAAUAAAUGGCACUUAACACUAGGAAUAUCUCGUAACUUUACAAAAGAUCUGCUGCCUGGAUGAAGAGUCAGGCUUCUGCUUCUCCUCUAGGCAGUCAAAGGUCAGAGGUCACAACAGCUCCUCACGAUGGGAAUCAAUCGCUGUGGACUGAGAGAAAGAUGGCUUUUUUUCACGUCACCUCUUCGUACAAACUCCCAGAGUCGUCUCUCGAAGCGUCACUGAGAGUGGGAGCGAUGAAGCUGACCAAGAAGAGGAGUAAAUGGAGACCUCCGGGAUGGGGUUUCUAUUCUUGAGUCCAUUUUUUUCACCUGCCCAGGAAUCACAGAUUCUUAAAAAUGCCGUGAACAGACUGACAACUAAGUGCUUAAUAUCCAAAAACGGGUUGAACAAACACAGACAUGGUUAAUAUCAAAACAGUGAGAAAGUGUCACUUGUUUGUUUCAGUGCCAUCCAUCUGGCAAACCAUCGCCCCUGUGUGGACGCCUGAAGUCAACAGGCCUCUGCCGUUCCUCUGGACCCCUCCCUCUCCUCAUAUAUGACAUCAGCAUGAACAGCAUGUUUACCCUGUAAACCAAUGAUAUGACCCUCCCCCCAUUACAAUCUCUGCCCCGCCUCUUCCCCCCCCAAAAAAGAUACAUCAUUGCAGAUAAUAGACAACAAAUGACACCAUCAAAAGUUCACCAUCAAAAUGUACGACAGGUCUCAGCUCACGUUGUUCCAAACACAGGACUGGACUGACUGAAUUCAAAAGAAAGAACCAAAGAAGGAAAACAGGAUGUCGAUUCUCCUCUCGUCUCGUCUCGUCGCCCUCGCGUUCCCGUGUUCUGCUCGUGGAGUCCACCGUGAGGAAACGUGAGAGGCGUGCGGGUCGCUGCUGCUUCAAAUCUGUCUCUGGCGCAGCCGCCAUCAGGUUCAUGAUCAGACCGACGACACGACCUCAGAGUCCUCGCCAAGCGUCAGCACAUCAGAGCGCUACACCCUGAAAAGGUGCAGGUGUGUCUCCAUCGAUAAGGCCAGUGAGGAAAAGUAGUAAAGUUUAAAAAAAAAAAAAAAGAAGUGAUUUGUCCUUUAGAGUAGUCCUGGAGUGAAUGCAUAAGUGCUAACACACACACAUGCACGCACACACACGCACGCACACACAGCAGCAGUGUCUCCGCUCCUUGUUGGCAUCACGAGUGUGUGAGAGGAGGAUCCUUCUAGAUGACGGUGGAGGAGGUGCAGAGAGGAAUGGUGCAGGGAGGUUAGCAGGUGUGUAUGUGUGUGUGUGUGUGUGUGUGUGUGUGUGUGUGUGUGUGUGUGUGUGUGUGUGUGUGUGUGUGUGUGU